UUCCAGGAAAACAGCAGCUAUUGAUUGGGGCAUAUGCCAAGGCCUUGGAGAUUACCCCAUGCCAGCUAUGACAAUGCUGGCUUUGAUGCCACAAACAUCCUGAACAAACUGCAGGCUCAGCAUGCCCAGGGAGGCACAUGGUAUGGGGUGGACAUCAACAAUGAAGACACUGCUGACAACUUCAAAGUCUUCAUGUGGGAGCCAGCUACGAUGCAGAUCAAUGCCCUAACAGCAGCCUCUGAGGCUGCAUGCCUUAUUGUGUCGGCUGAUGUGACCUCACUCCACCGUGGAUGCUCCUCCAGCAGCUGGCCGGGGCUGGGGCCAAGGCUACUUCCCUUAAGAGGUCCUACACAACACUGGCUGGCAGCUGGCUACAGGUUUCAGCAUGACCAAUCUCCUCCUCAUCAAAGUACACUAGAGAGCAUGUACCACUCCAAGAAAUCAAGGACACUCAAGCAGCACAAACUGUCAUAACCAGGAGACUCAAGAAAGGCAAAUCCAGCUCUUGCUUCCCAUCCACCAAGCCACGAGCAACUCUCCACCACCA